AUGGCAAAAUAUCGAACAUAUGAAGAGGUUCAAGAGAGAAUGGUCGCGUACGGUGGCAGAUGCAUACGUGGUCACAGCGAUAGCCUACCGAAUCAUCCGAAUUGUAGCGUUCCGGAUGUCACGUACAACAAAAACACGUUCAGAAUCAACUUUUCCGACUCCGUACGUCCCAUAUGUUUGCCUCCACUUCGCCCAACUAUCGGACAUUUGGUGACUGUUACUGGAUGGGGGAGAAGUUACGUGUUUAACGAAAGCGGACCCAUGGUUCACGAAAUUCCCAUGAUUAUCGAUCCAACUUGUUACCGACCAUGGAAUGAUAAGCUGCCAUCUGAAGCACCGGACUACAUUUGCGCCACCUCGUUGAACACAGCCGACUUCUUCUCACCGAGAACAUGUCAUGGUGAUAGUGGUUCGGGAAUGGAACAAAUUGACGAACGCGGUCGUAGUAUGCUCUUGGCGAUAACGUCAUUUGGAACGAAGGGAUGUCCAGCUAACGAGUUAGCAAGAUUCACUCGCGUCAGUCACUAUCUACGGCCAAUAUGUGCAUAUACGGGUAUUUGUUACUCUCAAGAAGAAUAA